AUGGGUCAAAAUGUAAAAAGAAAAAAGAACCGUUGGAACUGGGAAGUUGAAAAGGUUGGGUCGGUGGUGUGUUGGCGCUUUAUAUUAUCCCCUUCGAACUCUUCCAUUCUUCACUCUUCCGGCUCUUCUCCAAACUGCCGGAGACUCAUCCCGAUCUCUGUAACUCCGUUUCACCGAGACCCAAGCAACCACCCCAUCCUUCGCAGGACACUCACAACCAUGUCUACAAUCCAAAGACAUUAUCAAGGUCUCUCUGCCCUUAAUCUGGGAUGUUCCUCUGUAAGAUCAUUUAACAAGUCAAAGAAACAGCAAUACCAGAAGACCCCUGAGAUUCUUCAGUUGUCAAAGAAGAAGAUUAAGGAGAAGCUAAAAGAAGUUGAUCAAAAUGGUCCCAAAGGGAAUCUUUUUUGCAAUUUUGGUCCUUAUUUUCAUGGUUUAAUAAGGCUUUUGGAUCAACAUGGAUUGAUUGCUUCUUCUGUUUCCCAUGACUUCAGAUCCAAUUCAAAAGUUGUUCAACCUUUGAAUUUAGACACUGAAGACUGCAUGGAAAACUCCUUGAGCACUUUAUUUAGUACACCUGGCGGUAGACAUGAGGAUAACUUGGAAUUCUUGGAUGAUAUCAAUAAGAUAAAUUUAUGUAUCUAUUAAUCAGGAAGGCUUAUUGAUGCUCAAUUACUUAAAGUGUUGUCGUGAAUGCAUUGAAGUCAUCUAAGAGAGACUUUUUAAUGUUGAUGCAUUUAUUGGUAAGAGGCAAACAUUACUAAAAGG